GAUCCGGAUUGUUGAUCCGAGAGAGACCGCACGGCAGGGCUUAGAGAACGAGCAGGAGUACCACCGAAACCAAGGCAACGACAGAAACAAAGCCAAUACCGUUUGCCAAAGACAAGCACUGGGUCUGCCGUGUUGUUUGCGAGAGCCACCAAACCACGAGGAGCACAGGAUAGGGUAAAGCAGCGGAGAGAAAACGAGAGGGAGAUAGGUAACGCGAGAUAGAGAUAGCACACCGAGAGGCUUUCCUUGAGCGAGUCUCCAGGCCAACCGCAAAGCACAACGCAACAGAGCACAGAACAUAGCAGAACAGAACAGCACGGGGGCACGCAAAGCACAUACGCAGCACGCAACACAAAAACACCCACCGCACCAUGAUGAAGCUGAGAUCGAAGCGCGACCGGCAGCACAGACCGCUGCUCCCGCAGGAGGCCCCGAUGCUUUCCGACCAGAUGCCACCGAGCACGGACGACGGAGAUCGAUCGGGGCAGGUUGCCGGGAGAAAGGGAGGAUCCUGGAAGCGGCUCUUUGGAAAGGGGCAACAAGGCAGCAGCAGCAGCAGCAACCACCACCACAAGAACAACAACUACGCCGAUGCGGACGACACGGACUUUUUCGGCUACGAUUAUUCGAUUGAUGCCGCGGGAGUGGACAUUGACGCUUUCACAAACGCGAACGCGAACGCGAAACCCAACCUAAACACGAGCGUCAGCACGAACGACAGCCAAAACGAGUUCGAACUGGCAACCGCAGACUUUUUGCCAUCCGCCUUCACCUUUGACGACCCCGAACGCAACAACCACAAAAACAACCAAAACCACAACCACAGCGACGAUUUCCAGCCAAGAAAGAACCCCUCMGGCAAAAAAGCCGGCAGGCCCAGCUCUAGGAGCAAGCCCAGGAACGGCAGCGGCGACAAAAACAAAAGCAGCUUUCCCUCCUCCCGGCCAUCGGGCAAGAAGGACGACGUCAUCGACCACAUCAACGAGGCCAUCAAGGAAGCCAGCAGCGCGAAGAAAUCGCAAUCGACCAGGUCCCUGGUGCGGAACCGGAGCCUCGGUCGCAGCCGCAGCCGGAGCCGGUCCCUCACCAAGAGCCGGUCCCUGCUGCGGCGGUCGCUCAAGGGCAAGGCGUCGGCGGCGCAGCAGGAGCAACAGCAACAGCAGCCCUCCUCGCCGGCAAGGGAUGCCCCCGGUCCCUCGCCGGAGGCAAGUCGGUCGGCGGGAACGCCGAAACACAUACGGAUCAAGCCCAAGCGGAGGAACCGUUCCUUCGCCGAGGCACCGGCUCUUGAAACGAGCGCGAAUCCUUCCAAGCCAAAGCCCCCUUCCAGGAGGUCCCUGCGCGGCACAAAGCCGGGCUCUUCGUCGGUCCCGGCCUCCCCGGCGUCGGCUUCCUCGCCGAGGGACAGCAACAGCAACAACAAMAAUAGCAGCAGCAGCAGGAAGAGCCAUGCCACUCUGGACGACGUCAAGAAGGUCCUCUCCAAGCCGUUUGGGAGAGAACACAUACUGACGACCGAGCACACGGUAAGUAGGAUGGGAUCGAUUCGAUACUACCAAGAAAGAACGACCGAGCCGUUUCAUAGUGGAGGAUGGGUUCCGAGGUUCUUGCAUUCUUACGCUUGUUCUUUGUCUCUCUCGAAUCCUUCCUCAAAACUUAGUGGGUCGUCCACGUAUCCCGAGCCGAGUGGGAUCCCGAAGAAUCCUUGUGGAAAUACCGAGUCAUCAUCCAACGACGCGAGGGCAACCGGCUGCACGAUUUUGCAACGUGCUUCGCCCUGAGGUCGCUGGAAGACUUUUAUUGGUUCGAGCAGUCCCUGCAGACGGAAUUCUUUGGGGGUCUCUUGCUUCCGAGCCUCUCCAUAUACCUGGGCCUGCCCGACAUUCUGAGCUGCCAGCACGAGGUAGACCCGCAGCUCCUGUCCAGCUGGAUGAGCGACACCCUGAACGGGAUCCGCGGCCAGGGAGAAAUCAUGUUUUCGCUGGCCAACGCGGAGAUUGCCACGUGCGAAUCCAUGGAGGCCUUUCUGUACCGGACCGAGUUUGUCCGGCCGCUGGCCGAAGCACCCUCGGUUUCGCAGAACCAGGCCGCGGCCUCCUCGGGCGGGGACGCUCGGGAAAGCGGUUGGAACUUUUUCCCCGAGCUGUGCGGUGCCAACUGCGUGGGGCUUCCGAAACCCGCAAAGGAGGUCUCGGCCUGCCACUCCCCGUCGCUGGGAACGGCCAACACCUUCAACCUCCGGGCGGACUCGUUCCUGGAAGCACCCGUCACCUUUGACGACUCGAACACGUCCCUGACCAUCCACGCCGAUCUCCUCCGGGGCGAGCGGGACCUGAUCUGGAGCUGGCGGACCCGGGCCCUGCAGACGAUGGAAAAACUCCGGAUCCUCAAGGAGCAAGAAAAAUUCGUGGGGGUGGCCUGGAAGCGGUUUGCCAUUUGCGUCUCCAACCUCUUCGCCUACGAGAAGGACAUCGAGACCGCGAGGCUGGGAGAUUCCAGGUCCCGGCGGGAGCUGCAGAUACCGUACCGAAGGCUACAGAAAACGAUGGUAGACGAUUGCCUGCGGAUACUGACCCGCCACAAGCUGGAACGUGCCACACCCAGCAUCGAAUCGAUCUAUAUCAUGCUGGGCGCCUAUGUUGCGGACCUCAGCACGGUCGAGCCUUCCAUCACGGCGUACCUCAAGGGAUUGCAGAAACUGGCUGCACAAAAGUCGAAAACGGAGCUCCUUGAGAAGGAACACCAAGAGAUGGAAGCGGAUGCUUCGGCUCCACCGGGGAUGCUGGCGAAGCAGAUCCAGGAGGGCCUCAUGGUGGUCAAGAAGCAGCUCGCCUCCACCAUCAACGACGAGGCGGGUGGAAUCGCCGGUUCGGCCGGAGAGGAACGCCGCUAUCGGCUGCGGCAAGAAGUACAGUCCAUCGAGAAUCGCUUGCUGGUGAACGAAACCUUGCUGAAGGACUACAUGUCCACCGUGUGCAGGACCGCUCCGGUGCGAACGUCGCGGAUGAUCUAUGCCUUUCUCGAGAAGGAAAAAGAGCAGUGCAAGGCCCUCCGCGAUGCGGCCGUGGAACUCAAUAAAAAGGUCAACAUUGCCUCGAAAGACACGCUCUCGAAAAUGGUAAACCGCCAUCACAUCGAGACCAAGGAAGACAAGGAGACCGAAAUCAAGCUGGUCCACAAGAUUGUCAACAUUGGGAACACCAAGAAAUUCGUCAAGGAGGGCGGAGAGGACCGGUCCGAAGAAGUGGAGAAGGGCGUCGAACUAUCUUUCGAAACGGAGCAGCGAGAGUCGGAGAAAUCCAAGCGCAGAAUCAAGGCUAUGAACGAUUGCCGGGCACGGAUAGGGCGCUGGGACGCAAAACUCGCCAUGUCCAUCAUGGAAGCGGUCGGGGUCAACGACGCCAACGUGCGGGUCGAAGAAACCACGAGGGCUCUCCGGACUGUUCGGAAGCACGCCAUCAAUCUUAGGGAGAACGUCGAGAGGUGCAUCGAGGGCCUGGACGUGUUGCGAAACUCGAUCCUACAGGGCAGCAUGGGAGACAUCCGAGACGUCCGCGCCGACUUUAUCACCGAGAUCCAAAACCUUCUCUCGUACUCCUAUGUGCCGGUGGGCGACCAACCCAGCGUCCUGCCCGCGGCUCUCCUGGAACGGGAGGGAAUCAGCAUAUCGGACCCAGCGGGUUGGAGGAGCAUCGAGAUUGGAAGCUGCGGAAACGCCCUGAACAUGUACAUCGAAAGCCGAGACUCAAGCACCGAGUGGUUGCUGGAGUCGCUCGGAGAAGUCCUAAAGGACUACAGCCACCGUGUCGAAGCAAUCGAGAGCUUUGUUUACAUGGAGUGCGUGGGCAUCCAGCUCGAGAAACACUUUAGCCAGGUCCGGGCAUCGGCCCUCACCGCGUUUGAGAAAAAGACCGACAUUACCUCUGCCAUCAACAUUGCUACGCGCAAGAAGAUGCCGGUGCUGGUAAAGGAACUGAACGAAAAACUUGCAAAGCUUGGACCCGUGGUCUCCCACACCACCGUCAAGGAGGCAAAGGAGGCCCACCUGGAGAGCAAGCUUCUGAAACAGGAGCUGCACACGAUGGCGAUGCGACGCCUGGCGCGUGCCCGGGAAACCUCUACCGAGCGGGCCAUUGCGCUGAUGACUGUCUGGACGAAAGAAGAGGAGGCCUCCAGUGCCAACGAAGAGAGCAUCCUGGACGCGCUUACCCUCCGUGUCCAGGAAUCCAUACACGAAGACGACCUUGGCGUGUAUCUCCGCAAUUCUCCUGCGCGGAUCUGAGUGGAUUUUGCUUUGGUUUUGCCACCCGACUGGUGGGCAUGCGGUGCUGGGUGUGGGGCCGUUUCUCUUCGUUUCGACCCCCGUUAGUCGCAAUGUUAUGUACUUUAAAUAUAAUACAGCAGAAAAC